AUGAGUGUGAACAAGGAGUGCCCGACCUGCCGCAAGAAGCUGGUCUCCAAGCGGUCCCUGCGCCCCGACCCCAACUUUGACGCCCUCAUCUCCAAGAUCUACCCCAGCCGGGACGAGUACGAAGCGCACCAAGACCGCGUCCUGGCCAAGCUCAACCGACUCCACAACCAGCAGGCCCUUCGCAGCAGCAUGGAGGAGGGGCUCAAGAUGCAGGCCAUGAACAGGGGCCAGCGCGCCCGCAAGCACCCCCAAGAGUCGGACAACAACACCUUCAGCGGGGCGGAGGACAACUGCGACAGCCGCUCCCACCUCAGCAACGCCUCGGCCCCCAGCCAGAUGGAGGCCGGACCCAGCUGCAAGCGCUCCAGGGCCUCGGACGAGUCCUGCGCCGAGCCGGAGACCUCGCACGAGGGGGGCCGCCGGAGCCCUGAGCUGGGCGCCGAGCCCGGCAGCAGCGAGAUCGAGCUGGUCUUUCGCCCCCACCCAGUCCUGGUGGAGAAGGGAGCCUAUGCCCAGACCAGGUACGUCAAGACCACGGCCAACGCCACCGUGGACCACCUCUCCAAAUACCUGGCCCUGCGCAUCGCCCUGGAAGAGGCCCCGGGGGCCGGAUCCGAAGCCCCCGCCCUGGAGGACGUCAGCGAGAAGCAGUACACCAUCUACAUCACCACGGCCGGGGGGGCCUUCACGACGCUGAACGGAUCCGUCACCUUGGAGCUGGUGAACGAGAAAUACUGGAAGCUGACCAAGCCCCUCGAGCUGUACUACGCCCCCACCAAGGAGCAGAAAUGAGGGCUGAGCCCCCCCCCACAAGACUGUCGGGCUGACAGCAAGUGUUUACACCGGG